AUGGCGAAAGAUGGUUCGAAGAACAGUCAAGCUGACGGAAACGAGAAUCAGUUCGAGAAGACACUGACGAAUCCAGUAGAUAUUCCUCUUUCAAGAACUCCGUUGAUUGCCAUACCAGAUCCAUCACAAUUCUCCAAGGAAUUUUUUCAAGAGGUUCUCAUCCAUAAUGGAUUUAGGGAUAAAUCUCUAGAAGCUGGUUCUACUUCUAAUCGGAGGAAAUAUGAUUCGGCGCAUAGUACACCAGCUAGGAGGACCACUUAUGCUGGUCAAUUGGGGGCUUGUACCGGGCCAAGGGCUCUUCUAAGUACAGGAGAAAGGGCCGGGAGCAGUUCUAGGGUUUCGAGAAGGAUUUCAAAUGUAAGCUGUGAACCGCCGCCUACUGAAGUUCCGCAUUUUGAGCUUGUCGAGGAUCCUUCCUUUUGGAACGAUCACAAUGUUCAGGUCUUAAUACGGAUGAGACCGUUAAGUAAUAUGGAGAAGAUGGCCCAAGGAUUUGGUAGGUGCUUGAAGCAGGAGAGUUUACAGACUUUAGUGUGGCUUGGCCACCCUGAAGUCAGAUUUACAUUCGAUCACAUUGUCUGUGAGAUGAUAUCACAGGAAAAGCUCUUCAGGGUUGCUGGAUUGCCCAUGGUUGAUAAUUGCAUGUCCGGCUAUAAUAGUUGCAUGUUUGCUUAUGGUCAGACUGGUAGUGGCAAAACAUACACAAUGAUGGGUGAGAUAAGUCAACUGGAUGGCAAGCUUGUCGAUGACUGUGGGAUAACACCACGUCUUUUUGAAUAUUUAUUCAUGAGGAUUAAAUUGGAGGAGGAGAACAGAAGGGAUGAACGACUAGAAUAUAGUUGCAAAUGUUCCUUUUUGGAGAUAUACAAUGAGCAGAUCACAGAUCUCCUGGAGCCUUCAUCCACUAAUCUCCAACUCAGAGAAGAUUUGAAGGAAGGAGUAUAUGUUGAAAAUCUUACAGAAUAUAAUGUCAAAACUGUCGAUGAAGUCCUCAAGCUUUUGUUGCAGGGUGCUGCAAAUAGGAAAGUUGCUGGAACAGAUAUGAACAGUGAGAGCAGCAGAUCACAUAGUGUUUUCACAUGUGUUGUUGAAAGUCGUUGGGAAAAGGAUUCAACGACGCACCUUAGAUUUGGAAGGUUAAAUUUGGUAGAUCUGGCUGGUUCUGAAAGGCAGAGAAGUUCUGGAGCAGGAGAACGUUUGAAGGAGGCAUCCUAUAUAAACAAAUCGCUAUCAACUCUUGGUCUGGUAAUAAUGUCUCUGGUGGAUGUUGCACAUGGGAAACAUAGACAUGUACCUUACAGGGACUCAAGACUUACAUUUCUCCUUCAGGAUUCACUUGGUGGAAACUCAAAAACGACAAUUAUAGCAAAUGUCAGCCCCUCAAUGUGUGCUGCAAAUGAGACAUUAAGUACCUUGAAAUUUGCUCAGCGUGCCAAGCUUAUUCAGAAUGAUGCAAAAGUAAAUGAAGACGCAUCAGGCGAUGUGACAGCACUGCAGCAACAAAUUCAAAUGUUAAAGGAACAAAUGUCCUUAUUGAUUAAGCAUCAAAAAAUUUCAAAACCUCUUCAAGUUGGACCAACUUUCCAGCCUAGUUUAGGUAGAUUUUUUGAAAGAGAAGACCUUUCAGGGGAAAAUAUAUCCGAUGCAAGUAAUGUCCUAAAUGACCAGAAAAGGAAGAUAAAGAACUUCGGAGCUACUUUACUUAAUGAGUCCAGUGGAGAAAAGUUGGCAGAGACAGGUUUUAGGGCCAUACAGUCUCCAUCCAAACAGAAAAACCGACUUGCUCUUCCAACAGAAGAUGUUCAGUGUACUAAAAUGUUGCUAAGAUUUCGCGAGGAAAAAAUAAAACGUUUGGAAUUGCUUGCAAAUGGAAUAAUCUCUAGCGACAGUUAUCUCAUGGAUGAAAAUAAUGCUUUAAUGGGAGAAAUUCAACAGCUGCAAGCUAGGAGUGAUAGAAAUCCUGAAGUUACAAGGUUUGCAUCAUCGAAUUUGGUCUUCUUAAGAAGCUUUCCUAACUUCCAAAAUUGCUACGAACGCGGUGAGCGUGAAGCAUUGCUAACUGAAGUCUUAGCAUUACAUGAUCAGCUUCUAAAAACACUUGAGGUUGAAGAAAGCUAUGUAGAGCAAAAUUUUCCAACUCAAAGAGAAUAUGAGGAUGGCAAAUCUGCAAUGGAGUUAGAGGAGUACAAGUGCGCCAACUCUAAACUGAUUAGGAAGGUUGAUGACUUGAAAAGCGAACUGCUCAAAUACAUGACCUACAGCCAAACAGCAGUAUAUCCUGUAACCAGGUUGAGCAUAGAUUUAGGAAAUGAGAUGGAAGUCUCUGAUCAAGUGAAUGAUGGAGCUCUACUUGAUAACAUGGGUCUCAUAAGGACCAACAGGUCACCCUCUACCAACAUCGUAGAAGAGCUAAUGGAUGCGAGAACCUUGUUGGAUGCCAUGAAAUCUCAGCAGGUUAGAUUGGUUGAAGAGCUACAAUACGUGCGCCAAGAGAAUGAUAGGCUGGUGGAAACCUUAAGCAACAGCAACAAAGCACAAACACCUCCCAUGCUUGAUCAUGAAAGCCACAUUUCAGAAAGUGGCUGGUUCCUAAACCAAAAUCUGCCAUCAGUUAAUGGUGACAGCAUAGAUGGCAUGAUGGAUUUACAAGCCAGGUUGGACAAGAUGACUAAAGAGCUCGAGGAUGUAGGAUUACCUAAUGAUCUUGACGAUCACAUAUCACAUUCAUCUUUUAAGGACCAAGUUGAUUUAGUUCAUGAGGAAGUUGAGAACGAAGCAACCAAUGCAAUUCUUCAUUUACAGGAAGAAUUGGCUUCUCUACAAGUGAAAUAUCACAGAAGAUUAUGUUCCAUGUCUGAAGAAAAUAAGAAGCUAAGAAGAAUUAUAGCAGCCAAGGAGGAUGAGGUGUAUAAGUUGCACAGUGACUGGGAGAGGGCAAGUUUAGAGCUGACAAGCUUUCUGUUGGAUGGUUCUAAAUCUCUUAAAGAUGUCUCUGGGCAAAUAGAAAGUAUUGCUCAUUCAUUUCCGAGCUAUAAUGUUUGGGUUGGUGAACAUGCAAAGAAGGCUGCAACAGUUUGUCUUGAGAAGGAACAAACAAUUCUACAACUGGAAAAGAACCUGGUGGAUGCUCAAAGUACAAUAGUACAAAUGCAGGAGAAAUUGAGUUCAUUGAGGAGUGCAACAAUAGCUUUGACUGAAAUUCAGUAUACAGAACAUGAUGCAAGAAUCAAAGAGGCUUAUCCAUUAAGUUCAAAGUUGGAUGAUAAGACCAAUAUGAUAGAUUUUCAAGACAACGAAUUCAUGUCCAAGGAGUAUCAGAUCUGUGAAGUAGUAGACAAUGCUAAGCCAACUUUGUUGGAGGCGAAAGGGCUGUCUGACCAAAAUAAGAUUUUCCAAACUGACAAUUUUCAGACAGAUUUGAUCAGAUCAAACUUUGGUACAUCUACAAUAGAAAGCAAACAUGACUCUGAGAUUAACAUUUAUGCAAAUAGUUCAAAGUUGAUGGAUAUCGAAGAUCAGGUUGAAGUGGCAAGGCAAGGACUUGAGGAGACUAAAAUUGCUUUAAAUAUGUCUUCAAUUGAUGCAGAAAUGUGUCUAUCGACUUUUCAGGCCGAGGUUUACAAUGCUUUUUCUCUAUACAAGGAUUUGGCAAAUGAUUUCAUGAAAGGAAUUUGUGAGAUGAGGAAAGACUUGGUAGAGUUCAAAGAAACAAACAAAAUGGCUGAAGUACCGAGAGUUGAAACUUCAUUAGAGGAAGCCUGUACACAUCAAAUGCAAGAAAAUCAGUUGUUAAUUCUGCAUCAGAUAAUAGCUGAACUUGUUUCAAUUAAUAACAGACUUGAUAACAUGAAGGCUUAUUUAAGCUCUAUCCAUGAUCAAGUCAUAUCUGAAGACUUGGAAGGAUGUGAGACUGAUACUUCUACUUCGAGCUAUAUUCUUUCUGAUGAUGAAGAUGUGCAGGAAAACAUAUUAGUUGAGGACUGCUGUGAAGUAUCUUUGGGAGUAACUGAAGCCAUUGUGUCUGAAAGAGGCUCAAAAUACUCUUUUAAUCAAGAAUCAGAGAAGCAAGACAGAGACGUGAUAAGUUUGAGUGCUGGCAGUGUGGCACAUUUGUUUUUGAAAAAGCAAUUCAUCAUGGCCUAUGAAGCUUUCAUCAAAUUAGAUGUUCAAUUGGCUGCAGUCUUCAAGGACAAAGAAUAUGGAUAUCACUCUAAAGCAGGCAUAGGAUUCAUGCAAUCACUUGGGUGUAUAAAGCUUGAUGAGAAAGAUACUUCUAAAGAUGUACUUAAUGAGCUUCAAAACCCAGAGACGAGCACUCGUCAGCCUUGUGAUUUGGAGAUGCAGGAAGAUGCAGCAUGCUGCUUUACUGCAAGGAAGUUUGUUGCUGAAGAAAAAGCUUGUAAAGCGAGUAGCUUCUUUAGCAAGUUUGAGGAGACAUGUGCAACCGUGGAUGAGGCUGAUAAUAUGUUGAAUGCGCUAUUGAAAGCAAAUGAAGAAGCAAAAAUGUUAACUGGUAGAUGGAAACAAGCCGCAGAGGAGGCAAUGGUGGAGAAGGCAAGCUUAAUUGAAGAAAUAAAACAACUCAAAUUUGACUUGCGUUUGAGAGACGAAGAGCAUGCAGUUCUGGAGGAGGAGAGCCGUUGCAGUUUGGUGGAGCUUGCAAAUUCGGUGUCCAUGCUUGAAGGUUCUUUUGGGCACCUUCAAAGGGAGGCUGAGGAUUUGUGCCACUUAAUAUAUGCUGAUGCCUUGGCAAUGGUCCAAGACAUCCACCACAGUAUGUGCAAAUCAAGAUCUUCAUUGCAAGAUAUCUGUGCUGAAACUAUGGAAAGAAGUUUUGAAUGUCUUGUCAUACAACAAUGCCAUAUUGGAGAAUAUAUCAACAAAUUCCAACUUGGGGUGAACUGGCCAUCCAGACUUCAAGAAGAAAUUAUGGAACACGUUGAAACUCUUCAGUUUGGACAAAACCAUUUGAUCAGUAAUGCUGUGGAUGGUGGUGAAGAGGAGAAUUAUAGUGCACUGGCAGCAAGAAACGAAACAGGAGAGUUAGGUGCAAGCUCUGAUGACCUGAUCGACGAAAACUUAAAACUAAAGAAAGAAUUGGAACGGAGAAAUACUUUGUUAAAUGGUUUACUUUUCGAUUUUAGCUUGUUACAGGAAUCAGCCUCUACAAGAAAAGACAUAAAAGAUAAAGCUGAAAAGUUAUCCACAGCCUUGAGCCAAGUACAGCAUGAACUAAAGAUGAAAACGAAUCAGCUUGAUAGCAUGCUGGAUGGAUAUGAAAAACUUGAAUGCUGUUUAGCUGAUACUGAAACAGCUCUUUCUGCCUCAAAAUCUUGUCUACGACAUGCCGAAGAAACUGUGGAUGCACUGUCAUACCAAAAUGCUGAAUUGAGAAGUCUUUUAGAGGAUCUAUACCUUAAAAAGUCGGAAACCGAAAAGCAACUCGAAGAACAAAAGGAAAUUGUCAUAUCUUUAGAAAAAGAAAUUCAUUGUACAACUUCUUCAGCACAAGAACAGUUCCUCUUUUCUCUAGAAGGCAUUACUGAUGAUUUGAAGAGGGUUUCCAGUGAGAGAGACCAGUUAUGUGAGCUAGUUAGUUCUUUGCAAGGUAGGCUUGAGAUGGCCUAUGCCAUUGCUGAUGAAAAUGAAGCUGUUGCUGUAGAGGCACGUCAGGAGUCAGAGACAAACAAAAUUUAUGCUGAACAAAAGGAAGAGGAGGUUAAGAUUUUAGAACAUUCUGUUGAGGAGCUUGACUGUACCAUAAAUGUACUGGAGAAAAGGGUGAACGAAAUGGAAGAGGAGCUAGAGAGACAUCACAGGAUAAGAGAUUCACUAGAACUGGAACUCCAGUCACUGAAUCAAAGACUAUCGACUGUUGAAAACUUUAGAGACAGCAGGGAUUCUGAUAACAAUAGUGUUGAUCAAUCUGUGGAUCAAAUUUCAAGGAAACUGCAUAACAGGUGCCGGGAACUUCAGGAGGUACAUGUGCGAAUAAAAGAUCUUGAAGAUGAAAGAGCAGAACAAGCUAACGAGAUCAAGCAAUGUAAAGAGUACAUAUCAGAACUUGUAAUCCAUGCAGAAGCUCAAGCUUUCCAGUAUCAGCAGAAGUACAAGUCGUUGGAAGCAAUGGUUAGUGUGAUGAAGACAGAUUCAUCAAAGUCCGUGUCUGAAGCACCAUCAUCAGACAAGACAGAAAAGAGCUUGGUGAGAGCAAGGGGUUCUAGCUCACCAUUCAGAUGUAUAGGGAAUGUACUCCAGCAGAUGAAUACAGAGAAAGAUCAGGAACUAUCAUUGGCCAAGCUUCGACUAGAAGAGCAAGAAGCAUUAGCAUCAAGUCGGCAGAAAGAGAUAUGUAUGCUAAGGACUAAAUUGGCGGCAGCAGAGAGUAUGACACAUGACGUAAUCCGUGAUCUACUUGGCGUGAAGUUGGAUAUGACUAAAUAUGCAAACUUGAUAAACCAGAAGCAGCUUCAAAGAUUUAUCGAGGAUGCUGCUCAGCAAGCACUGGAGUUCACAUCAAUGGAGCAAGAGAUCCGCAAACUGAAGCGAGAAAUGAAUGAUUUAUAUGAAGAAAGAGACAGGUGCAUUUCGGAAAUACAUUGUAAAGAAGCAGAUAUGCUUGCUAUUAAGAUGAGUAUGGGGCAACUGAAAGGGCGGGAGCAGUUGGUGACGGCACAGAACGAAAUGCUCAAGGGUGAGAAAACCAAUUUACAGAGAAGGGUUGCAGAAUUAGAUGAGAUGAUGAAGAAGGUUCUUGGAUCAUCAAAUCCUAAUAGUAGUAGUAGUAGUAGUCAGCAGCAACAGCAACAGCAGGAGUUGAUGAGAGGUGAGUUUGGUAAGAGGCUGGCUAACUCACAGAAGUUGCUUCUACGUGUAAACAAUGAACUUGCUCAAUAUCGUAAUCAUAGAUGAGACUGUCUUUGCAGUUGUUUUUUUGUUGUCAAUAUCCAUGUUUUACCACACUUUAUUCUUUCUUCUGCUGCAAAUUUAGUGGUUUUUUGAAUGAAUUUUGGUAAUAUUGUGUG